UUCCUGUUUUAUAAGGAACUUGGAUUGCCAGGCACGGAAGUUUAACUCUCUUCCCUUUUUGGAAGAGGUGCCAGAGGUCACGCAGCCAGGGGCCCACUCUGCAAAUGUAAGGGGCAAGCUGACCAAACUAUGAUCCCACUGGGGUUCUUUCAAGUUUUAGUUGUUACGGUAAAUUUAAUCCUGAUUCAGUUGAAGACUGGGGAGUCCUUGGCAGUACCGCUCAUCUCUGAGCCCCUGCAAAUCCAUGGGGCUUUAGCAGAGAAACAUGCCUUAAUUCACUCGGAUAGAAGAGAAAGGAGAGAAGUAACAUGCCAAGAAGGGUACCAUCCUCACCCAAAUGGAACUCACUGCUGUAUUAAAUGCCACAUAGGAACUUAUGUUGCAGAACAUUGUGCAGGGCCUGAUAAGGCAACUAAAUGCGCCAAAUGUCCCUUUGGUACCUAUAUGCCUCAACAUAAUUAUUUACAAAGGUGUUUCGGGUGCCAAAAAUGUCGUUCAAGCUUUCAGCAGAUAACACAGUCCAGUUGUACCCAUCAGCAAAACACUGUUUGUGGUUGUGGCAGUAAUCAGUAUAAGACUACCAGCACUUCUGAAUUCUUAUGCAUGAAUUGCAGUGACUGUUACAAUGGAAAAAUCAGACAACACUGUAAGUGUAAUAAUGAUACAAUAUGCGAAUGUCACGUUGGAUUUUUUCUUCAGGCACAUCAGAACAAGUGCUUUCCCUGCAGCAGCUGCAAUAAGGAAGAUUGCAAGGAACUGUGUGAUGCACUCAGGCAAGCUAUAAGCCCAUCAAAUUCCACAGAACUCGUAUUUGCCCUGAGUUGCCUGAGUGUCAUCUUUGGAGUUGGUUUUGUAUCACUGUUAAUGUGCAAAGCCAUCAAGAAAUAUUUUCCAGAAAGACAGUACUUCUCUUCCUCUAAUCAACAGCCAAAAAAGCAAGUUGCAUCUAAGAUGGCAGAUAAAGCAAAGGAUUCGCUUUUGGACAUAAAAGAAGACAAGAUCUGGAGUACUGUACUACCACUAGGUCAAGGCCAAGGCCAAGAACUGCCAGACUGCAUAAAAUCUGCAAGAGAGACCCUGAUUUCUGAUUGUCCUGCAGUUUUAUAUACUGUGGUAGAUCGUGUACCAAUAUCCCGAUGGAAGGAGUUUGUGAGGUACCUGGGACUAAGUGAAAAUACAAUUGAGAGAAUUUUUAUGGAACAACGGCACCUGCGGGAUGCACAAUAUGAGAUGCUAAGAGAAUGGAGACUGUUGGUAAACCAUGAUGCUACUGUGGAGCGCAUCAGUCAGGUUCUCAGUCAGAUGGAGCUGAGUGGUUGUUUUGAGGUUAUUCAGGAAGCACUGGCCAAACAGUGAUAGACAUUAUGCUGUUUACUUCCUUUCCAAAGAGAACUCAUAGACGCAUGUAUAUUUUUGUUUCUGUGAUAUUUGUUUUUCCAUUGUACCGUAAAUGAAAUUUUGAUA